AUGUUGGAAGCUACUCCAGAAGAUAAUUAUUUGGCUCAACUCAUCGCAGCUGCACCUAGCGCAGGCGGGAGCUUUGCUCGCAGUAUUCCCCUUUCUUCUAGAUUCAUACAACCGGGAAUUCCUCCCAUGAAUGAACAUUUCGACUUGGCUGUACCUACUACAGUACCACCUCCGACGACUCAGAUGACGGAUCUUGCGGGGCUUCACUCCUGGGACCUAGAAUUUCCCAUCUCAUCCGGCAGCAUGACAAAAUUGACUAGUCAAGACGCUGCCAUGGAUGACUACCUUCCGACAACAUCUUCGUUUCCCUCUCUAGAUGUUGGAAUUGCCGAUCAUGCGGAGUUACAGGCGCUAGAGGGCUGGCCGCUCUUUCAGUGCAACCCCGUCACACCAUCGUCUGCAGAACUCUGCAAAGCCCAUAAAACCCAUAGCCCAGCCCAACCCGACCCGCAAAUGGGUUGGGCUUUGGACCCUACCUUCAGGCCCACCGAUGGGCUAUGA